AUGCCGCAACAGCGACCACCCACCGCUUACACCCCACCCACUAAUAAUCCAGCUGCCAGAUCUUCUAUAUUCACUGAGACUCAGUUGGCUGCUUUGAAGUAUCAGAUUCUUGCCUUCAAGUUGAUAUCAAAAAACCUACCGUUGCCUCCAAAUUUGCAACAGGCUGUGUUAGCUACACCCAGUACCGAAAAUUUGACCGCGUCAAGAGACGGGCCCAAAGGACAAGAUGCUAGUCAACCGCAAACGCCUGCUAAGCUGUCCGAGACGCCACCCGCUGUUGCCCAGUCUGUUAUCGGCACUGAGCCAGCUACGGCAGAGGUGGUGGCACCUCCUCAACCCCCCACCCCUUCUCAGUUCAAUGCCUAUGUUUCGCCAUAUUCGCUGCUGAAAGCGCCCAUAUCGUCUUAUGCUCACGCGUCUCGUCAACAACGCCUACUUAUACCAGCCCUGACGCCUAUCGGUAUGGAUUCCGAUGAACUGAUAAUAGAACGAGAACGCCGUGUGAAGGCCAGAGUUCAUUACCGAAUUCAAGAGUUGGAGUCUUUACCCAAUAACCUGAGCAAUGAUCUUCCCGAUAAAAUCACCGCCUUAGAAUCUGAUAUUAAAGAUGCAGGCAAGAAUGGGUCUAGUGUCAAGCUGCGAGCAAUAAUAGAAUUGAAGGCUCUGCGACUACUGGAAAAGCAAAAGAAGUUGAGAGAUGAUAUCAUCAAGGGAAUGACCAAGGCUACUACUUUGGCCACAUCGGUAGAUCGUUCUGGAUACCGUCGAAUGAAGAAGCAGUCAUUACGUGAAGCACGUAUGACUGAAAAACUAGAGCGUCAGCAACGCGUCGAUCGCGAAGCACGUGAAAAGCAAAAGCAUCUUGAUUAUCUUCAAACCAUUUGUAACCACGGUCGUGAGCUUAUUAAUGUUCACCGGACUCACCAGGCCAAGCAAAACAGAUUGGGACGAGCUGUUCUUCAGCUGCACGCUCACAUUGAGAAGGAAGAGCAGAAGAGAGCAGAGAGGAUAUCCAAGGAGCGUAUCCGUGCUUUGAAGGCUGAUGAUGAAGAGGCCUACAUGAAGCUGAUUGAUGAAGCUAAAGAUACAAGAUUGACGCAUUUGCUGAGACAGACCGGUGCUUUCUUGGAGUCUCUUACCAGAGCUGUUGUCGACCAACAGAACGAUCCUAUUCACUCUGAUGACAUUGAAGAUGAGGAAGUAGAUGAGGAUAUGCAAUAUGAGGUACAGUCAGAUGAGAGCGGCAAAAAGGUCGACUACUACCAGAUUGCUCACAAGAUCAAGGAAAGAGUCACGCAGCCCUCCAUGUUGGUGGGUGGUACACUCAAGGAUUAUCAGCUGAAAGGUCUUCAAUGGAUGGUGUCACUUUAUAACAAUCACCUUAACGGAAUUUUGGCCGAUGAGAUGGGUCUCGGUAAAACCAUUCAAACCAUUAGUUUGAUUACCUACCUUAUUGAGCACAAGAAGCAAAACGGUCCAUUCCUAAUUAUUGUUCCGCUCUCAACUUUGACCAAUUGGACUCUCGAAUUUGAGAAAUGGGCUCCUGGGGUUGCCACCAUUAUUUACAAGGGACCUCCCAAUUCUCGCAGAGCGCUGCAACAGGAAGUACGAUAUGGCAAUUUCCAAGUGUUGUUGACCACCUUUGAAUAUAUUAUCAAGGAUCGUCCUGUCCUAAGCAAGAUCAGAUGGCUCAACAUGAUCAUUGAUGAAGGUCACAGAAUGAAAAACACACAAUCCAAGCUGACCACCGUUUUAAGACAAUACUACCAUUCGCGAUACCGUCUUAUUUUGACCGGUACUCCACUCCAGAACAAUCUUCCAGAACUUUGGGCAUUGCUAAACUUUAUUUUGCCAAAGAUCUUCAACAGUGUUAAAAGCUUUGAGGAAUGGUUCAAUACGCCUUUCAACAAAGAAGGUGUACAAGAUAAGAUUGAUCUUAACGAAGAAGAACAGCUCCUCAUUAUUAAGAGAUUGCACAAGGUGCUUCGUCCAUUCUUGCUUCGUCGCCUGAAGAAGGAUGUGGAAUCUGAACUUCCCGACAAGGUUGAACAUGUCAUUAAAUGCAAGUUCUCUGGUCUGCAAGCUAAGCUCUACUCGCAAAUGAAGAAACAUGGCAUGCUUUAUAUGCAGAGCGGUGACAAGGGACGUACUGGUAUCAAGGGUUUGAACAAUACCAUUAUGCAACUGAGGAAGAUUUGCAACCAUCCAUUCGUUUUCGAAGAAGUUGAAAAUGCUAUCAAUCCCACUAGACAAUCCAACGAAUUACUGUAUCGCACAGCUGGUAAAUUCGAACUGUUAGACCGUAUGCUACCCAAACUCAAAGCUACUGGUCACAGAGUUCUUAUUUUCUUCCAAAUGACUCAAAUCAUGAACAUCAUGGAAGAUUUCUUGCAUUACCGAGGUUACAAAUACUUGCGUCUUGACGGUUCUACCAAGGCUGAUGAUCGUUCUUCGCUUUUGUCCGUGUUCAACGCUCCUGAAUCACCUUACUUUGUGUUCUUGUUGAGUACCAGAGCUGGUGGUUUGGGUUUGAAUUUGCAAACGGCAGAUACCGUUGUUAUCUUCGAUUCUGAUUGGAAUCCACAUCAAGAUCUUCAAGCUCAAGAUCGUGCCCAUCGUAUCGGACAAACGAAGGAAGUACGCAUCUUCCGUCUCAUCACGGAGAAGUCGGUUGAAGAAAUGAUUUUAGCCCGUGCCAAUUACAAGCUGGACAUUGAUGGCAAGGUCAUUCAAGCCGGUAAAUUCGAUAACCGCAGUACGGAUGAAGAUCGAGAAGCUUUCUUGCGAUCUCUUUUGGAAGACAAGACUGAAGAGCAGAACGAUGUCGACGAGGAAGAAGAGAUUGAUGAUGAAGAACUCAAUGAAAUGCUGAAACGCUCAGAAGAGGAAUUGCCAGUCUUUGAACGCAUCGAUCGGGAGAGAGAGCAACAAGAAAUCGAGUUAUAUCGUCGCAAGGGUGGCCGAGGUCCUGUUCCUGAACGGCUUAUUCAAGAAAACGAAUUGCCUGAUGUUUAUAAGAAUGAUGAUACCUACGCCGAUGUGGUUCAACAUAUUGAACUCGGUCGUGGUCAACGUGAAAAGGUCUCUGUCGUCUACGAUGAUGGUCUCACUGAAGAUCAAUGGCUCAACGCUAUUGAAGAUGACAAUGUUGACGAUGUCAUCGCUCGUGCUGAAGCGAAGCGAAGAGGGUUCCAUUACGACACUGAUUCUGGACCUGGUACACCCAGAAAACGCGGUCGAUCGAGAGCUAUUGAAGAAGACGUGUCGUUGCCUUCGUCUAAAAAGAGAGGACGACCGAAGAAGGCUGAAUUGGAUGUGAGUAUCCGUCUGUACCCAUGGCAGCGCGAACAUCGUACUUACUCUCGAAAACGUGGAAAGAAGGGAUCCGAAUUAUCUGGACCUGAUCCACUUCCUCCUCAGAUUCGUCAGCAAAUGACACGCAUUUUCAUGCAAUGCUACGAAGCUGUGGAAAAUUCAAUUGCCGAAGACGAAGAGACAUACCGAGUUCGAUCUGCCUUAUUUAUGGAUCUGGUCAACAAGCGUGAUUACCCUGUUUAUUAUACCAUGAUCCAAAACCCUAUCGCUAUGAAGAUGAUCAAGAAGCGUAUACAUUCGCCAUACUACAAAAACAUCCAUCAGUUCAGGGAUGAUUUCCAUCUGAUGUUCAAUAACGCUCGCAUAUUUAACGAAGAAGGAUCGUUUGUGUAUCAAGACGCCGAUGAAAUGCAGAAAAUUUUUGAUUACACUCUUCAAACUCUCUGCCCUGGCGGGGUCCUUCCUCCCCUUGGCAAUGGAGAUGCUCCAAUCCAUGGUACCCUAGAAAACCGGCACUUGGCCCACGCUAUGAACGAUGAGGACGAUAGUGAAGCUAGCACGCCUUCAGGGUAUCAGACCAGUCAACGAAAGAAGCAAAAGCGAAUCACAUACGACGAUGACGAUGAGGAGGAGGAGGAGGAGGAUGAUGACGAUGACAACGACGAUGAUGACGAUAAUGCUGAAUACGAGGGUUAA